UGGGUCAAUUCUAGGCGCUGUAUGCUCUACUUACUCAGGACUAUGCACCGUCAACAAUGUGUGGAUAGUCUAGGCACAAAGUGGGGUUGAAUAAGCUACUCCAUAGGCAUAUUAUAAUCAACGGGAAUGAAGCUUUCAUUUGUGCUGGAAAUGAUUCAACUCUAGGAUAUAUUUAAAAACACCCAUUUCAUUUGUUUGUGCAGAAGUCUUAUGUUUUGACGUGAAGACUGUUUCAUUUAAUUGUGCUUCUUCUUUGAGGAUGAUCCAGCUGCAUGAGCUGAGGGAAAAUAUACUGCAAGCUUUUGCUAGCAAGGGUUCUCUAUGGGUGAACGUAGAAAACGCAAAUCAUUGUGGAGUGAGGAAGCAGAAACAAAGCCUUUUAUCGGAAAUCAUAAUUGGAUAGGUAAGGACAAACAUCCCAGUCAUGAUAGGGAACAUGAUCAUGAAUUUCCUGCAUCUGGAUCCCACGGAGUGCCGAAGUUCAGGUAUCAUUCUGGUCAUCCAUCUAUGGAAUCAAUUCACGAAGACCCAGUUGCUUGGACAAAUGGCAGCUUUGCCAAAGGUAGAGAGAAUGCUUAUGAAGGAAAGGAAAUAGGUGGUGAAGACAGUUAUUAUCACGACAUGUCUUCUGAGUUCAAAUAUAACCACUUUCUUGAAGAUGACCGAAGCCAUUCUCGCAGGUAUCCAGGAAGGGGUAGGAGUAGAAGCAGGAGCAGGAGUAGAGGCAGGUGUCACAGUAGGAGCUUGAGUAGGGGCAGGGAAAGGGAAAGAGCGAGGGGAGGGAGUAGAAGCAGAAGCAGAAGUGACAGCGAUGCAAGGGGUUGGACAAGAAGUCGUAGCCCUUUAGGAGAUUACAAACAUCAAGCUUCUGGAUGGAGUGACAGGAGAAGUCUAUCUGAGAUAUCAACUGAAGCAGAUUUUGCUUCAGGAAGGGGCAGGAGAGACGGUUUUAGCAAAUAUCUCCAUCCAAAAAACACUAGUCACAGGGAUGGCGGCCUUGGAGGAGGGGACACGUCGGAGAGUCGGCGAAUUAGAGCAGAUCACGGAAAUGAUUCUAGACAGUCUUACAGCAGAGGUCCUCGGAUUGAAUUAAGGAGUGAUGUUUCUGAUCCUUAUCAUGGAAAGGAUGAGCAAUUUCAAAACAACAGUAGAAAUGCAGUACCGUGCAGAUACAUUGUUAAGGGUAAUUGUAGGUUGGGAGAUGCUUGCAGAUAUUCUCACAACGUUGCUUCUGAUGAAACUUCUAUCGAAGGUACUAAACGUUCCUCCUCGGAUAGGGACCCUGAGCACCAACCUUACAGAAACAGGAACCCGCUUUGCAAGUAUUUUGCAGCAGGGAAGUGUGAUCGGGAUAAUUGCAGGUUCUCUCACGAGGUUAGCCGUCUAGAGGGCCGGCUGGGCAAGGUCAACAAUGACCGUAGUUCACGUGACAAUGACCGUGGCGCACGUGACAAGGUUAACAAGAGGGAUGGUUUGAGAUGGGAUGAUGCAGGCAGAAUCUCUGACGAUUUGAAGCCUUCUGGUAGGAAUAGUUCUGCUGUUACAGUUACAGACAGCACUGUUGACAACAGCAAUACAGGACAAAACAAUAGAACGAGCCACAGUUUGGGAAACGAGAACAUAAAUUGGGGACUGCCACAACAGACAAAUAAUUUAGUGCCUGUACAUCGUGCAGGAGAUGUCAGUUAUGAUGGAGAUGUGGGUACUACUGAAUCUGUUAUUGAGGAAAAUAUGAUGGCCAAACAGGACAUCCUCGUGUUUCAUGGUUCACAGUUGCAAAAUCAGGAUGGAAAUACGAACAAAUUGCAGGUAGACCAAAGGUUUCCCUUGAAUACCUGGCAGCAGAAUGUUUCUCCAGGUUCACAUAUUCAACAUCAGAACCAUGGAGCAGUAGAAAACAACGUGGUAAGUUUGUUUCAUUCUGACGUUAUUGAUGAGGUUAAAGACUCCAGAAAUGCCAGUGUUCCAGCUUUUGUUUCUGCACAGAACUCACAUCAAAAUGGCGAAAAUGCACUUGUUGGGUAUUCGUCUAUUUCCAUGAAAGCUGGUAGCAAAGAGAUGCCACACUUGAAUGGGGCUGAGAUGCACCAGGUUGCUAAUUUGGAUUUCUCUCAGAUUCAGAAACUUCAAAAUGCUAUCCAAAUGGCAGGGAUGUCAGAGACGAAUGCCUCGUUGUCUUUUCCGAAUUUGGCUAUCAGUGAGCAGCAGUCUGCUCAAUAUACAAACACUCUCCUUUCUACUGCUCUUCAGCAGGUUGCUCCUGUCCUGAAUCAAAGAUUUGAGAAUCAACAUUCUACGAAAACUCCAGUCGAAGAAGUCUCCAAUUCUACAGGGAUGGUGCUUUCUACGCCUAAUGCCUCUGGCUAUGUUCCACUUGACUGCACAACCAGUAUACAGCUCAAUCCAGUUACAGUUUCUCACGAUCCAUUCAGUUCUGUGGAGAAUGGCAGAAGUAGUAGUAAUGAGCACGGAGAAGGCAAUAAAAUGCCAUCGACAAAUAAUUCAGAAAUAGAUCAUUCUGGAAGGGCAAAAGUGCAGCAAGAGACGGCACAUGAAAAUCCAGAAUGUGAUGAAGUCAAAGGAGGCCCGGGCGAGCAAAGCAAGGGAGUUCAAGGCGGUAAGCACUCUGAAACUUUAGACGGCCAUGGGAAAGCUGACGAGGGUGUUGCUAAUAAGGAUGACAAAGGGAUGCGUCUGUUUAAAAAUGCUCUGAUAGAGUUUGUGAAGGACAAACUGAAGCCUAAAUGGAAGGAAGGCCGAAUGAGUAGAGACGUUCACAAAACUAUUGUGAAAAAGGUGGUGGACAAGAUAACAAGCUCAAUUCAAACCGAGCACGUUCCAAAGACGCAAGAGAAAGUUGAGCAGUAUCUCUCAUUCUCCGAACCCAAAAUAGCCAAACUUGUACAGGCUUACGUGGAUCGUUGUCUAAAGACAGAUUCUUGAAUCACUUAUUUUUUCUUUUUUCUUUUUCUUCUUUUAGACAUUAGAUUGGCACAAUGAUGAAGUGUUCGAUUAUGCAGUUGUGUAUUGCAUUUUGUGUUACUUUUAGCAUAGUUAGUUAGGAUUAUUAUUAUUUUUUAGAACUUUUUUGGGUGUGUAUUGGAACUGCACAGCCUUUUCAGGGAAGCAUUUCUUGAACUCUUACUAUAACUACUUUGUGUUGUCAAGCAUAAUAGAGCAGGUUUUUUGCUCCUUAGAAGGAAUCGGGCUCUUGUAAUUUGUUUCCAAUCAAUAGAUGAAAGCUCGUUCAACAUCA